AUGAGUGAUCACGAUAAGAAGUUGGAAGAGAUUUCCAGAAACGUGGCUGAGCAAGUGAUAGGUGAUACGGACGCGACCGGAGAACAUAGUACGGGGGCAAGUGACCUGAUUGAAACUUUGUUGGGAGGAGAAAGCUCCAAGGACAGUGCUAGUCGAUCAGAUCGUCAGAAGUUUGAAAAGUUAAACGCACAGGAUCCGCGGUAUAAGCGACGCGAAAGUGAUAGUACAUCCAAUACUAUGGAUAACGACGCGUUUAGGUUGUUAGUCGAUGCGUUAAGACAGAUGUCUGUGCAAAAUGUGCGUCGGUUCGAUAUACGGGAUGUAAAGGACAUUUUAGUCCCGUUUGACCCUGAUGUGCCCACCACGCCAACUGCAGAACAAUGGAUCGAGUCUAUUGAAAAGGCUGCUGCAUUGUACAAUGGAGAUGAUGCGUGGAUGCUGCAGUGUGGCAUAGUGAAUCUGCAGGGGGCCGCCAAGAUUUGGUUCACCGGGGCGACUGUUAGGGACUGGGCCGAGUUCAAAGCCAAAUUGGUUCAAGACUUUCCUACUUCGGUGGACGUAGUGAGUAUUCACCAAGCUAUGAUGAACCGGAAGAAGCUACCAGGAGAAAGUCUAGAGACCUAUUUCUACAGCCAUGUAGCGCUGGGAAGAAAAGGAAAGCUACCCGAUCAGGCCACGAUCAAGUACAUAGUUUCGGGUCUCGAAGGUCGUUUUGGGAAUAUUACGCAGGUGGACACUCUUCCUGAGUUACUGAAACAACUGAAGUGGUUGGCAGAAGUAAAUCUACUGAAGCCGAUAGACACGUCUCGUGGGUCUACGUCCAAGUCGGUAACGAAAGGAGAAACUGGGACGGGUAUCAAGUGCUAUCGAUGUGGAGGUGUGGGUCAUGUAGCCGCGACGUGUAAUGAGAAGAAGAGCUACCGACCAUCUACAAAUGCUGAGUGCUUUCGAUGUAGUGAGAAGGGGCAUCUCGCGAAAAACUGCUAUAAAUUCCCAGUGAAGAAGUCGACGCCCAGAGUGAUGCAAGAGAUUCGGCAAAAAAGCAAUUACGUUAAGACAGUCAAAAUUGGGGAUCGUUGUGUUGAUGCUCUGUACGAUUGUGGUUCUGCAGUUACCACCAUAAAGAAGGGUUGUUGUGAAAUUUUGAGCAACCUUGAAGAAUAUCACAUGGAGCUGAUAGGGUUUGGUGGAAAUAGAGUGCAAGUGAAGGAACGUAGUUUCGAAAAAAUAGAAGUGGACGGACUGCUGAUGGAAGUGACAUUACUGGUUGUACCGAACAACGUGCAGGCAAAUUCAGUGAUAAUCGGACGAGACAUUCUGGAUCGAGAUGAUGUACGAUUCAUCAAAGAAAAGGGAAGCGUGCGAAUUGAGAAAAUUCCUGUUGAUGAACCUCUUUCAACAGUGCUCUCACAGGAGCCACUGGUGGAGACGAGUAGUAGUAGCUUGCAACCUAACAUGUGUAACAUUCGGGCAUACGAACCAAUAUCAGCAGAGGAAAUCAAUGUGGAUGGUGGACCCGAAGAACGUGAGAUGGUGUUGGAGGUGAUAGACCGAUACCGACAUUGCUUCGCGAAGAACUAUAAGGAGAUGGGCACUGCUAAACAUUGUGAAAUGCAAAUUGAGUUGGUAGAUGAAAAUCCAGUGUACAUCAAACAAUACCCGAUGGAGUAUUCUCGGGAAAAGGUUGUGGAAGAUACCGUUGAAGAUCUGUUAUCGGCAGGCAUCAUCCAGUCGUCAAAAUCUCCAUACAACAGUCCGACCGUGCUAGUGAACACGUAA